AUGAAUCCCUCCAACGUACCAUCCAAUGUGCCAGAGGCAGAUCAGUUAGCAGAUACCUUGGCCAACAAAUGGAAGGAAGCCAAAUCCGCCCUCAGAAUGAGCAAGGAGAAAAUGGUCAGGGACAAAGGGACUGUACCUAAGUAUUUGAUUGGCAAAAAGGUCUGGCUAGAUGGAAAGAAUGUGGAACUGAGGACCAAUUCCAAUAAACUGGACCCUAAGAGACUAGGCCCUUUUGAAGUCUUAGAAGAAAUUUCCAGUCACGCAUAUUGCCUAAAGCUGCCGGAAACUCUGAAGAUCCACAAUGUAUUCUACGUGGGGCUAUUAUCCAAGGUCCAUGAAUCUCCUAGCCAACCGUUUCCAGAACGUCCCCCUCCAGAAACAAUUGAAGGGGAAGAAGAAUACAAGGUGGAACAGAUCAUCAACUCCAAAAGGCAACAAGGAAAAUGGUUCUACUUGAUAAAAUGGAAGGGCUAUGGACCAGAAGAUAACUUAUGGGAGCCAGAAGAACUCCUGGAACACAGCCAAGAGGAGAUUCAACGCUUCAACAAAUCACAACUGAAAAAGGCUUGUGUCUCUGCCAAGAGCCUUUAA